AUGAACGUCAUCGAUUCACAAUUGUUUGAGCUGUUUAGCCAACUAGGUCAGGUGGUGUCGGUUCGAGUUUGCAAGGAUUUGUCUACUCGAAGAUCUUUUGGCUACGACUAUGUCAACUAUGUGAACCCACAUGAUGCUGCAAGGGCGAUAGAGGUGCUAAACUUCACACCUCUCAAUGGAAAGUCUGUUAGGAUAAUGUAUUCCGAUCGUCAUCCCAAUGUAUGCAAAAGUGGAUCUAGGAAUAUAUUUAUCAAGAAUUUGGACAAGGAAAUUGACCAAAAAGCACUACAUGACACCUUUUCUACAUUUGGCAACAUCCUUUCUUGCAAGAUUGCCAUUGACAUAACUAGUCAGUCAAAGGGUUAUGGGUUUGUGCAGUAUGAUAUGAGGGAGCUGCACAACAAGCCAUUGAGAAGCUAA